CAAAACACAGAUUAAAAAUUACCAUAAAUCAAUUGUUUCUAGAAAUAAUGUUUUCGAUGCCGAUUCUUAUCUUGAAAAAACCAACCAUACAAAUCAUUCAAUUGCAUCUGAGAUUUACGAAAUCUAGGCGACACGAAUCUAUUAAAAAGUGGAAGUUUGUUCCAGCAGUUUAUAUUAUAUUGAGCGUUUGAACAGGAAGUUUAAAUAUGAAAAGCAUUUUGUUAGUGUUCGUGGUGAUCAAUUCUGUAUUAUCAGUGAAAACCUACCAAUGUCCAACGACCGAAGAUGAACAACCAGUGUAUUAUCCACACGAAACCAAUUGCAGCCUCUUCUAUCAGUGUUCGUACGGGCGACUUAUGCUCAUGACAUGUCCCGGAAUGUUAUAUUUCAAUAAGAAAUUGAACGUUUGCGACCAAUCGUAUAACGUUAAUUGCACUCUAACAACCGAGGGACCUUUAACAACUGAUGUCAUCACAACAACCGAAUUUGUCACUUGUACUCAAGGAUUAGAGACGAAAGAACCGGAGGUCACAACUGAAGGAAAGGUGGAAACAACAACCCUGCCAAACAAUAUUAAGUGCACAUACGAUACCAUAUAUUACCAAAUUCCGUAUCCAGAAGAUUGUACCAGGUACAUAAUAUGUAAUUAUGGUAAACCUGAAAUAGGGACUUGUCCAGAGGGUAAACACUUCGACACCAUUGACUCCGUGUGCAAAAAUAAGGAAGAGGCCGUUUGCAACGGUUCGAUAUUUUUAUUCCGGCAUUUGAUUUCCAAUGUGUAAUGCAGAUUCAAUAAAUUGUCCGACUAUUAAUUUGAUAUUAUUUGAAUAUAUUAUAAAAUAUUAUAGAAACAAUAAGAUUUAUGUAUUUAUUUUUAACUAUUUUGUAAAUAAAGAAUGUAAUACUCAAA